AUGAGUUGGAAGGGACUUACCAAGGCGGUCUCUCGUCUGCCCCACACCUUGGGCACAAAAACCGGAAUUCGCGAUGCUACAACCGAUCAUGAGUUCAAGGAGAUGAAUAACAGCUUCACUGCCUCCGAAAAGUCGACAGCCGUUCUGAUCGCCGAGGUCUGCAAAUACCGCGAUAGUGUCACUGCCCUCCUGAACCAUCAAGCCGAGUUUGGUAUCAUCCUUGAAGAGAUCUACGACCCCUCCCUUGGCGUUCCCAGCGGCGAAGUGACCCCUCGUCGUGUCCAGACUGCCCCCGAAUCUGUCCAGGCUGUCGAUGACUUCCAGGCUGUUAUGAGAGAAAUUCGUGAUCUUCUCCUUCCUGAAGUGGACAAGCUCGAGGUGACAGUCGUUAGACCCUUGACGGAAAUGCAAACACUCAUGAAGAUGAUCCGCAAGACCAUGAUCAAACGCGAUCAUAAGCUGGUUGAUUAUGACCGUUACAGGAUCUCUUUGAAGAAGCUGCAGGAUAAGAAGGACAGAAAGCUCAGCGACGAGAAGGAGAUUUUCAAGUUGGAGUCUCAGCUGGAAGUGGCGACCGCUGAUUACGAGGGCUUGAACAACUUGCUGAAGGAGGAGUUACCAGGAUACUUCUGGCUGAGGACUCAAUUGAUGCAGCCUAUUUUCCACUCCUUCUUCUACCUGCAGCUUCGCAUCUACAACAUUCUUCUGGAUCGCAUCGACCCCUUGUCCAAGAGCGGCUACUAUGACUUAUCGAUGGAUGUUCUCCAGGGAUACCAAGCACGCAAAGACGACAUCACCCCUACUCUCGAGUCUGUCGAAAUCAUCACCAAGCGUGCCGUCGCAACUCCCUACCAAAGUAAGUAUGGACGCCCUGGUCACGACACCAACCCUAAUGAAAGUGCUCAAGGGACACCCAGACAAUAUGGACCACCGGCGGUUGGAGGAACAGGAAAUUACUCACCUCCAGCGCCACCUGCCGCCAAGCCUUGGCAGAGCGCCACUGCGUCCAAGCCAUGGCAGCAGCAGGCUGGCGGUUUGGCGGCCGCAUCAGCCUCGCCUCCAGUUGCACCUAAAACAUGGCAGUCAGCUGGAACUGGAAACGGAGCAUCGCCCCCUCCUAUCGCUGCAGCCAAGCCUUGGCAGACUGCCACCGCCCCAAAGCCAUGGCAAGCAGCACGGGCGAACCAGGAGGCAUCACCACCACCACCAGCCUACUCGUCACCCCAAGCGAUUCCCGCAGCUGCCACGGCUCCAGCAGCAGCUCCAGCAGCUCGCGGCGGACCCAAUGUUCAUGUCCACCUCAGCCCAUUCAGCACAGGCAUCGCCGGAGCCGUGGCUGCAACAGCGGCGUCCGCAGCUUACCAACAUGGAAUGACGAAUCUUGCUAACAAGAAGCCUCCACCACCGCCAGUUCCCAAGCGUUUGGGUGGUGUCAAGAUGGUGGUUGCAUUGUACGACUAUGACGCUCAGCAGGAUGGCGACUUGAGCUUUAGAAAGGACGACCGGAUUGAGAUUGUAGAGAAGACUGCAAGUGCUGAAGACUGGUGGACCGGAAAGUUGAAUGGCAGGCAAGGAGUCUUCCCAGUGACCAAGUCGAGGUUAAUUAUCAAGAACCUUCCCAAGCAUCUCACGGACGAGCGGUUCCGUGAGCACUUUAGCUCUGUUGGAGAGGUCACCGAUGCCAAGCUCAUGAAAAGCUCGUUCGGAAACUCUAGACGUUUCGGAUUCAUCGGAUACAAGACUGACAAGGAUGCCAAGGCUGCGCUGGCGCAUUUCAACAACACCUUCAUUGAUACGUCCAAGAUCAUUGUCGAGAAGGCCAAGGAGAUUGGUGAUGAUUCGUUGCCAAGAGCCUGGAGUCAACACACUAUCGGUACAUCGGCACAUGCACGGAAAUUGGGCAUUGAGCGUCAGAAUCGGGAGGUUGCCGAGACAGCGAUGAAGACAAGACGUGAGAACGAGGCUGACGCAGAGAUGAGGAGGAAGAAGGAGCAUCUUGCCAAGCUGUACCAGGCUGAGAAUGACCCCAAGCUGAGAGAGUAUCUGGAGGUGAUGAAGCCUAGAGUCACUACCAAAACCUGGGCGAACGACGAUGCUGUGGAGUUGAACACCGAAAAGGUUGGACAUGGACGGGAGAACAACAGGACAAAGGCCAGAGCUCAGGUCGUGGCGCUGAAGAACAGGAAGCCUGGUGGAGAGGGAAUGAUGGUGACGCAGACAAAGAUUACAUUCGAGGACUCGGAUGACGAACUCUACGACAACUUGCCAGUCGUGAAAGCUGACGCAAAGGAGGAGGAUGAGAACGCUGAUAUUGAGAUGUCCGAGGCUCCUAAGGAGGACAACCUUGUCAACGAUUCUGGAAUCUCGGAUUUGGACUGGCUCAAGUCUCGCAUGGCCAAGCCCGCUGAUGCCGCACCUGCCGCGGGUGAGGAGGCCAAGUCUGGAGACGAGAAGGAGGGCGAAAAGUCUGAUACAGAGGUGACACCUGCACCAGCUCCCAAGAUUGCACAGGAGCCACCAAACAGACCCGUCAUUAUCUCAGCUGAGGAGGAAGAGGAGACUACCAAGAACUUGAUUGCCGAUACUGGACGCCUUUUUGUCCGAAACUUGCCAUAUACCUGCACAGAGGACGAUCUUCGGAAACUGUUCGAGAAGUUCGGCCCCUUGUCCGAAGUCCACAUGCCCAUUUCCAAGGAUACCAAGAAGCCCAAGGGUUAUGCCUACGUUCUCUACCUCUUGCCAGAACAUGCCAUCAAGGCCUUUUCAACACUGGACAAGAAGUUCUUUAUGGGUCGUCUGCUUCAUAUUCUCGCCUCUAAGGAGAAGCCACAGCCAAAGGAGGAUGAGGACAACCCUCUCGGACCCGGCGGUCGCCCCCUGUCGAUCAAGAAGCAGCGCGAGAUGAAGAAGAAAGGUCAGAGUGGAAUGGACUUUAACUGGAACAGUCUUUACAUGAACUCGGAUGCCAUUGCAGCAUCUAUCGCAGACCGCCUCAACGUCUCCAAGGCCGAUAUUUUGAACCCUGAUGCCGAUAACAUGGGAGUGCGACUUGCCGUGGCAGAGACCCAGAUUAUCAUGGAGACGAAGAAGUUCCUGGAGGAGGAGGGCAUCAAUGUCGACUCCUUUGGCAAGAAGGAACGCAGCGACACGGUCAUCUUGGUCAAGAACAUUCCCUUCAGUACCACCGAGCAAGAACUUCAGGAUGUAUUUGGCUCUCAUGGAGACCUCGGACGUGUCUUGAUGCCCCCAGCCAAGACCAUCGCCAUUGUCGAGUUUUUGCAGCCCAGUGAAGCCAGAUCAGCGUUCUCUCACUUGGCCUACCGUCGUUUCAAGGAUACCAUCUUGUACUUGGAGAAGGCGCCCGUUGGAGUGUUCUCGACCAAGUACGAUCCCGAGAUGAAGAACAAGAAGGCUGAGAAGAAGGCAUCAGAUGAGGUUGAGGAGGCUCUUUCCAAGAAGAUCACAUCGACCCAGCUUAUGGACGCCACCACCACAGCAGAGGGUUCUCAGGAUGCCGACAACCUUGAGGGCGCGACCUUGUUCAUCAAGAACAUCAACUUCAAGACAACAGAUGAGGGUCUUAAAAAGGCGUUCGCCAGUGUCGAUGGUAUCAAGUCGACUUUAAUUCGCUACAAGCCCGACCCCAAGAACUCCGGCAAGACGUUGAGCAUGGGUUUUGGUUUCGCCGAGUUUGUAUCAAAGGACAAGGCCUUGACGGCCAUGAAGGCUAUGAACGGAUUCAUUCUGGACGGAAGCAAACUCGAGAUCAAGUUCUCGGAUCGCUCGACUUCCAAGGGCGACAGCAAGAAGAGCCGCGUUGCACCCAAGGACCAUGGCACCAAGCUCCUCAUCCGCAACAUUCCCUUCGAGGCCACCAAAAAAGAUAUCCAGGGCUUGUUCAGUUCUUUUGGUCAGCUCAAGUCUGUUCGUAUUCCCAAGAAGAUGUCGGGAGGCCACCGCGGUUUUGCCUUCUUGGACUUUAUGACCAAGCAAGAGGCCAAGAACGUGUACGAGAACGUUGCAAGCACACAUUUGCUGGGUCGUCACUUGGUUGUCGAGUGGGCCGAGGAGGACUCGAACUUGGAUGUCUUGCGUGAGAAGACUGGUCGUCAGUUCCGGAAGGACGAUGGUCAUGGUAGCGGCAAGCGCAGAAAGGUUGACCUCGACGGUGACGACGACGAUAUGAUGAUGGAGGAGGACUAA